UAGUGAAAGUUUAAUUUAUUUCUCUUUUCUGUCAGUGAAACGCUGCCACUAAAAGAAGGCAAGCAGUGUUGGGGGGCGGAUUGAUGGUUGCGUCCAGCUUCCGGUUUCCGCCUCUGGGCCGCUUCCGGAAGCUCUCCUUAAAAUACUGAACUGCUCUUUGGAAGUCACCCGGCCGGAGUAGUUGGAGUCAGUUCUCGGGCCUGAGCCUCCAGGCCAGGCUCCUGGGUGUCGUUAAUGUUCGGGGCCGCCGGGCGCCAACCGAUCGGAGCUCCAGCCGCCGGGAACAGCUGUAACGGGAAUUGAUCCCAGGACCUCGUGCUUGCCAGGCAGACACUGUGCCACUGAGCUAUAUCCCCGGCUCAAUUUGGACAAUCUUAAGUAAACUAUUAAUGAACUGUUGUUUUAGACGUUAUACCCAGUGCCAGCUGUUCCCAGAAGAUUUUACUUCCAAGCAUUUCAGUAGAACUAUGGAGGAGCUGGUUCACGACCUGGUCUCAGCCCUGGAGGAGAGCUCAGAACAAGCCCGCGGUGGGUUUGCCGAAACGGGGGACCACUCUCGCAGCCUGUCCUGCCCUCUGAAACGCCAGGCCCGGAAAAGAAGAGGGAGGAAGCGGAGGUCCUGCAAUGGCCACCACCCAUGGGAGACUGGGUACUGCCUAAGCGAAGGCUCUGAUUCCAGUUUAGAAGAACCAAGCAAAGACUAUAGAGAGAGUCACAAUAAUAAUAAGAAAGAUCACAGUGACUCUGACGACCAAAUGUUAGUGGCCAAGCGCAGGCCGACCUCAAACCUAAAUAAUAAUGUCCGAGGGAAGAGACCUCUGUGGCAGGAGCCCGACUUUGCCGUUGACAACCUGGGGACCAGAACUCUGCGCAGGAGGAGAAAGGUAAAGCGCAUGGCGGUGGAUGUCCCACAGGACAUCUCCAGCAAACGGACAAUGACCCAGCCGCCUGAGGGCUGUAGAGAUCAGGACAUGGACCAUGACAGAGCCUGCCAGUAUCAAGAAUUUACCAAGAACAAAGUGAAAAAAAGGAAGUUGAAAAUAAUCAGACAAGGACCAAAGAUGCAAGACGAAGGCGUCGUUUUAGAAAGUGAGGAAAUGAACCAGGCCAAUAAAGACAAAAUGGAUUAUGAAGAGCAAAAGGUCUCAGAUGAGCUCAUGAGCGAAAGUGAUUCUAGCAGUCUCAGCAGCACUGACGCUGGUUUGUUUACCAAUGAUGAAGGAAGACAAGGCGAUGACGAGCAGAGCGACUGGUGCUAUGAGAAGGAGUCGGGCGGGGCGUGCGGCAUCGCUGGGGUCGUGCCCUGGUGGGAGAAGGAGGGUCUCACUGAGCUGGACAAGGACUUGCCAGACCCCGUCUUUGAAAGUAUCUUAACUGGGUCCUUCCCCCUCAUGUCACCUCCAGGGAGGAGAGGUUUCCAAGCUAGACUCAGUCGCCUUCAAGGAAUGCCUUCAAAGAAUGUUAAAAAGUCUGGAGGGACCCCACCUGCAAUGGUGCCGACUCCAGGCCCGGUCAGUAACAAGAAGAUAGUCUACUUCUCCCCCGACUCGCAGCACCACGACCACUGGUUUGGCCCCGGGGCCAGGACAGAGCACGGCCAGCAUCAACUUCUGAGAGAUAACCGAGCCGAACGAGGACACAAGAAAAACUGUUCGGGGAAAACAGCCAGCAGGCAAACAAGCAUGCAUUUAGGAUCCUUAUGCACCGGAGACAUCAAAAGGAGAAGAAAAGCCGCACCUUUGCCUGGACCUACUGCUGCAGGGUGGGUCGGUGAAAACGCCCAGCCCAUCCUAGAAAACAACAUUGGGAACCGCAUGCUGCAGAACAUGGGCUGGAGUCCGGGCUCGGGCCUCGGCCGGGAUGGCAAGGGGAUCGCAGAGCCAAUCCGAGCGGUGCAGAGGCCAAAAGGCUUAGGACUUGGAUUUCCUCUUCCAAAAAGCACUCUUGCAGCUCCUACCCCCGCCUCAGGAAAAUCCCCCUGAGAAGAGCAAGAAAGAAAGGUGUUACAGUUUUUACUCAGCUGUCCCUUUGUUCUGAAACGACUUAUACCUUCUGGUUUUGAAGAAGAAAUCAACGUUGCCUCAAACUUAUCACUAGCUUCCCAAUCCAGUCCUGCGGAGGGACACUGUCCAUGGUGCUGAAGCGAACACCUGUGCCCUGUAAAUUCUUUCAGUCAUUUCUAGCCAUUUCUUAUUUUGAUCUCAGACGUCGAUGCUGCUCACUAUAGCUCAGUCCGUGUAUGCAUGCGAUGCCCAGAUAGAUGUGAGCACCGCGUGCUUCCAAAGUAGGGUCAUACCUCCUUUCAUCCCUUCUUCAUUUUCUAAGCGAAAUGCUGAGAGGCUGGGCGAUUUCAUAGUCCCUGAAUUUGGCUUAAUUUCAUAGCUUUGGACAACGUAGUAUAACGUUCACAGCAAAGAGCAACUCCUGUUUGCCUCAGACAUGUGACAAAAAUGAACCUCACCAUUAUCACCAGAGUGCCCUCAACAUUACUUUAGUGCAGAUUUUAUAAAUUUUACCUCAUGUAGCACAUAAAACAAUUAUUGAAAGAAAAAUGUAUUUUUAAAAUUUACCAUGACUGAACUGUAAAUUCUAUUCAUCCUGACAUCUACCUCUCUCUUCCCAAAGGCUGAUACUUUUUUAAGAUCAACUCAAGUGUAAGAAACUGAUUUUAAAUUUUAAUUGUUGGAGUAAAUCAUAAGACUGUUGAAUCAAUUUAUUUGAAGGGUUAAACGGCUCUCCCAAGAAUUCAGAUUUCUGGCAAUGUCUUGACCCCUUUACAAGGUGAACAAGAGAAAGGGAAAGGAACCUAAAUCCCCUUUUAAAAAUCCAAGCUGAUACUUCACAUCUAAAAUCAGUUAUUUUUAUGUUAUGCUUGGAUUGAGGUAUUUCUCCACCAUGUGUCAUAGUAUCGAAGACUCUAAAUUACUCUUAGUUUGAUGGGGUUGGUUUGUUAUUUUCAUCAUGAAGAUUUAAUAAUUACUGCAUUCUAUUUCUAAAGACCUGUAUUUGCUGAGUAAAGGUCAAGAGAGCCCAUAUAAAUCACUUUUCUAGUAGUUUUUUUUUUUUUUUUUUAAAUUUUGCAAGUUGUCCAGAAAGAGUUUUUAAAGGCAACAGAGAAUGGAUCUUUGUCCGGUGGUCCCCUAAACAAAAACAUGUCCCCUGCCAAGUCAGGGAGGGAGAGUCACUAUGAUUUGAAAGACUUUCUGGAUUGCCAAAGGUACGCAUUUCUUUUAAGAAUGACCUUCUUUCCUAGGGGCGUGUGGUCAGAGAGCAGGACAUUUAAGGGACUGUAGACUGCCGGCUGAGCUGCUCCGUGAAGCAUUUGUGUGAGCCAAAGUGACCUUAGAUGGUUACUUUCUGAAAGUUUGUCACUAGAAAUUUGCCAUGUUUAAAUUAUUUUGUCUAAAUGCUCACUGUAUUUAUGUAGGGGGGAAGUGACGGUGGAGAUUAUGUAAAGACUUUAAAACUUCUUUGUAAUAGUGUAUGGUGUCCGAAGAUCUAUUGCAAAUGUGUUUUGUUUUUUAGUUUUAAUUUUGUUUUUUAAUUCCAUUGCCUGAAAUCUUCUGAAGUCCUAGAAUUUCACAAAGCCCAGUCUUGAGCCCUGGUAGUGGGGAGGCCAUGGCAAAGCUGGUGUGACCCUCCUGGAAAGGAGGCUGUGGCUUUUCUCUCCGUCUUGUCCUAAAGGUUGCCAAACCCUCACUGUACAGAACACUCGCAUACCAACGUGAUGCGGGGCGUGAUGACCCGCGCAGUUCUUAUGCAGGCUUCUUCUCGUCCCUUUCUGCACUGGUACAAACUUGCUGAAGCUCCUCCUGGAACAUGCUCGCUCAGCCUGCCUAGCACCCCGAAGAGCAUCCUUCACGGUUUCUAGGAACAGAAGGGGCUUCUCCGUCUUGACCCCUAGAGCCCGACCUGCAGCUCACAGAAGGAGCAUAAUUCAUGCCCUGUGGAGAUGGUGAACUGCAGAAUCUGCGAGGCCCUCUCGGGGCAGGGAAGGGCAGCCCCCGACCACCCCCGACUCCCGGCCUCAGCGCAGAGCCCACCUUCCGGUCACAUCACAAUUAGGAAAUUUCAGUGCAACCCAAAUGUCUUUCUAGAAUAUGAAACCCACUAAUAUAUGUUUUGCAUGUAGUUACAUUAAUUUCUGCCAAGGAACAUGUCCCUAGGACCCAAAGCAUCCAAAACAGUUCCUGGUGUAGAAUGCGUCAUUCACAGCUCCUUGAAAAGGUGGCGAGAUCCUCCCCGCUCCCGCACGAAGCCACUCUUGCCUUCUGCAGAUAACUGGUUGUGCCUCCUUCCUGCCGAGAUGAUAAUCCAUUCCCCACAGUAUCCCAGACGGGUGGGAGUGGCCACAGCACUGACUUGAUAUGAGCCAGACUGUGUGCUGCAGUCAUUUCCUUCCUUCUUUUAUCAGCUGUAUACCCCUCAGAUUCGUUUGCAGUUUUAAAUUAUCUGACACCUUUUUAAAAGAAAAUUCAUUGCUAACUAAAAUUGACUAGUUCAUUGGUCUUAGCAUUUGAAGACGCAGAUUUUAUAACUCAUACUGUGGUUAUCAAACAGGAGUUAAACAGUAAGGUUACACCUGGGCAUUGUGACACACUCCUGUAAUCCCAGCACUCAGGAGGCUGAAACAGGAAGAUCUCCAAGACUUUGAGGCUAGCCUGGGCUACUUAGUGAGUUCAAGGGUAGGCUGAACUACAUGGUGACACUAUGUCUCAAAAGAACUGUAGGGUUACAGUCAAUAUGUCCAUGUCGGUAGAUUUACAGCACACAUGUAUGCAGUUUACAGACAUGAUUGCAAAAUGCUGCUUUUAUUAAUAUGUUCAUUUCAACAUUAUUAAUUGGUUUUCUCUUAACUAACUUAAAAUGCUUCCCUUUAGUACAUUUCUCUUUGGGCAGAUAUUUCAUGAAAGAGGAGAAUCACUGCUGAUACCCAUUUUAAAACUAUUUUCAUCUUUUUUUCUGUCUCUUAAAAAGAAAAGUGAUCUCACUGGUAUUGCAAAAUGAAGCUGUUAGAAAAUAAUACUUAGGAUUAUUUUUAGGUUUAUUUUUUCUUUUGGUAGGAAGCUGUACUGAUGGUAUAAUAAAGAAAGAAAGAAUAAAACAAUGUUUAAUAAUGGUAUUUAUAAGCAAUCAUUGUGUUUCUGCUUUACAUGUUUUCCUUUCAACCUAAAGUAAUAAAAAUAAAAUUGAAAGUA